AUGGACGAAUUAUUCAAGCUCCUUGGCACCGAGUUAAAUUUUUCCACAAGCUUUCACCCUCAAACUAAUGGGCAGGCCAAACGGGUGAACGCUUUGUUGGAGUGUUACUUACGGCACUUUGUGAGUGCCAACCAGCGAGAUUGGGCAAAGUUUCUAGCCGUUGCCCAAUUCUCUUAUAACCUGCAACGGAGUGAAGCCACAGGACAGAGUCUGUUCGAGCUUACAACCGGACAACAACCGCUCACGCCGCACACAUUGACAAUGUCACUUGACGAGGGCAAAAGUCCUGGAGCCGCCAAGAUGGCUAAGUCAUGGGAGGAGAACGCCGACAUCGCCCGCGCAUGUUAG